AUGAAGGUUUUAUCUUCACCAGAGUCUCCCGGACAGAGGGCCGCGAGAAGGAUGUCUAAACCUCAGAUGGAGAAGCGCAGGCGGGAGCGCAUCAACCACAGUCUGGAGGAAUUGCGAGUUCUGAUGCUGGAGAGCACCCACAGUGAGAAAUUAAAGAAUCCAAAAGUGGAGAAGGCAGAGAUUCUGGAGAGUGUGGUCGAGUUCCUGAAGACAGAGAAGGAGGUACAGAAGGAUCACCAGGCCUCCAAGAGGGCCCUGUCCAUGGAGCAGAGAUCGACUUGUGCCUGCCAGCCCAGCUACCAUGACGGGAUGAGAUCCUGUCUGCUCAGGGUCAACCAGUUCAUAGCCAGCAAGCGCCAAGAGGCAGGGGAGCCCAGUGGAGGGACUGUUGGGGUUUCUUUUAUGCUUCCCGACAUCCCCAUGCACCCCACCGAUCCCGGCCACAUCCACGGGUCACUGAUACCCCCUUCUCCCGCAGCAGCUGCUGCUGCUCUGCCUCAUCUGCCCUUCCACCACCCUCAGCUCUCUCAUCCCUACCUGACGCAGACGGCUGGCUUCCAUGAUGACACCAGGAAUCUCUCUGGCGCAGGUGGAGGGCACAUCCCCAAUGCGCUUUGGAGACCCUGGCCUCAGUGA